GUCAUGGCAACAUCAGGACUCGGCACAGAGAUUGUUAACGUUGUCAACAAGCUACAAGAUGUAUUCUCCGCGGUCGGCUCAAACGCAUCCCAAAUAGACCUUCCACAGAUCUGUGUACUUGGAAGCCAAAGUAGUGGAAAGAGUAGUGUACUCGAGAACAUAGUUGGUCGGGAUUUUCUGCCCCGUGGAACGGGUAUCGUGACCAGACGACCACUUGUCCUCCAAUUGAUCAACAGGAAAGCAACACAUCCGCAAGUCAAUGGUACAGCCAAGGCAGAUGGCGAAGACUUGAAGGCAGGCGGUGAUGCACAGGCGAACCCCGACGAGUGGGGCGAGUUUUUGCAUCUUCCCGGCCAGAAGUUCUACGACUUCAACAAGAUCCGGGAAGAAAUCGUUCGCGACACCGAAGCGAAAACGGGCAAGAAUGCCGGUAUCUCUCCUCUCCCUAUCAACCUGCGCAUCUUCUCCCCCAACGUCCUCACCCUCACCCUUGUCGAUCUACCCGGUUUGACUAAGGUUCCCGUCGGCGACCAACCACGCGAUAUUGAGAAGCAGAUCCGUGAUAUGCUGCUCAAGUACAUCUCGAAGCCAGCAUGUAUUAUUCUUGCGGUCACCGCGGCCAAUACGGAUCUGGCGAACUCCGACGGACUGAAGCUUGCUCGUGAGGUUGAUCCUGACGGUCAGAGAACAAUCGGUGUCCUUACAAAAGUCGACUUGAUGGACCAGGGCACCGAUGUCGUUGACAUUCUUGCUGGUCGCGUCAUACCCUUGCGUUUGGGCUACGUUCCUGUCGUCAACCGUGGACAGCGCGACAUCGAUGCCAACAAGCCUAUCAGCGCCGCUCUAGAGUACGAGCGCAAGUUCUUUGAGUCCCACCCUUCCUACUCAAAUAAGGCGCAAUACUGCGGAACAGCCUUCCUCGCCCGCAAGCUCAACGUCAUUCUCAUGGCCCACAUUCGCGCAACGCUCCCGGACAUCAAAGCGCGCAUCUCACAACAGUUACAGAAGUACAACGCAGAGCUGGUGACCCUCGGCGGCGCGCUCGGCGACACGAGCUCCUCAAGCAUCGUUCUCAGCGUUAUCACCGAGUUCUGCUCCGAGUUCCGGACAACCAUCGAUGGUAACACGAACGACCUUUCGCUCAACGAACUCUCGGGCGGUGCGCGUAUCAGCUUCGUGUUCCACGAGCUGUUCAACAACGGCAUCAAGACGAUCGACCCGUUCGACCAGGUCAAGGAUGGGGACAUCCGCACGAUCCUGUACAACUCGUCUGGAUCGACGCCGUCGCUGUUCGUGGGGACGCAGGCAUUCGAGAUCAUCGUCAAGCAGCAGAUUAGGCGACUGGAGGACCCUUCGCUGAAGUGUUGCCAGCUUGUGUAUGACGAGCUCAUCCGUAUCCUCGGUCAGCUCCUUGCGAAGAUUCAAGCGUUCAGGCGAUUCCCUGCCUUGCGGGAGCGUUUCAACUCAGUCGUCGUCAAUUUCUUCAAGAACUCCAUGAACCCCACCACGAAGCUCGUUUCUGACUUGGUCGCCAUGCAAGCGUGUUACGUCAACACGACUCACCCUGACUUCCUUAACGGCCACAAGGCGAUGUCGAUCGUCACCGAGAAGCUGAACGCGAACAAGCCCCAGCAGGUCGAAGGCAAGGGUGGUAGACUCACCCCUGCUCAACUGAACAACAAUCGCGACCUCGAGGUCGAUGUGAAGGAGGAGGCCAGCUUUUUCGGUUCAUUCUUUGCAAAGAAUCAACCAAAGAAGAAGGGCGUUGCCGCCAUGGAUGCUCCGCCACCGGUGAUCAAGCCCCAGGCCGCGCUCAACGAGCGUGAGACCAUGGAGACCGAAGUCAUCAAGCUCCUCAUCCACUCGUACUUCAACAUCGUCAAGCGCGAGAUGAUCGAUAUGGUCCCGAAGGCCAUCACGCUCACACUCGUCAACCACUCGAAGGAGAACCUCCAGCGCGAGCUCCUCCAGGAGCUCUACAAGCCGGAGGUGCUGGACGAUCUCCUCAAGGAGUCCGAGUAUGUCGUCAACCGCCGCAAGGAGGUUGUGUCGAUGAUCCAGGCGCUUAACAAAGCAGAGGAGAUCGUGGCGAGCGUGUAAGGGCUAUGGAUUCGGUAAUGGCCAAGGUCGGCUGUCUUUGUGCUUUCCUGUUGCAUAUGCGUACUUUACAAUACCCUCCUGUAUACAUUCGGUUGGCCUAUUCUAGAUGUUGUUUUCUAGCAG